AUGGACAGAAAUAAUUCAAUCCCACAAGGCCUGACUCCAGAUGAAUAUUCAGAGCUAAAACCCAUAAUUAAUGCGUACCACAUGUUCGACAAAAUGCCAAACACAUGCACCUCACUGAUCACGCAGCGCAUCGACGCCCCCGCCCACGUGGUGUGGCCCUUGAUACGCCGCUUUGACAACCCACAAAGCUACAAGCAUUUCAUCAAGAGCUGCAACAUGAUUGGUGAUGGCGGUGUUGGGAGUAUCCGAGAAGUCACCGUCAUCUCAGGCCUUCCGGCGUCCACCAGCACAGAAAGGCUCGAGCUUUUGGACGAUGAGAAGCACAUCUUGAGCUUUCGUGUUGUGGGUGGAGAACACCGAUUGAAUAACUAUCUUUCUGUUACUUCUGUCAAUGAGUUCAACAAAGAAGGAAAGGUUUACACCAUUGUUUUGGAAUCUUACAUUGUUGAUAUACCAGAAGGGAACACGGUGGAGGAUACAAAGAUGUUUACAGAUACUGUCGUAAAAUUGAAUCUUCAAAAGUUGAGUGUGGUGGCCAUGUCUUCUCUGCAUGGUAGCGAUUGA